AUGGAAACGAAUCACCAGCCUGAAAAGUCUUUAAGUUUUAACAAAGGAGACGGCGACGGCAAGAACUCCGACGCGAACAAUACAUUGCCUGCGAUGGAUUCACCAAAGUCUUCCAACGAAGAGUCGUCAGCUGCAGCUGAGAUAACCGAGGUAGAGAUGGAGAAACCAGAGGAAGUGAAGAUUGGAAAAACUGAAAUUGAAGAGACUGGAAAGGCUGAAGAGAAAGAAAAUGAAGGAGGGGAACUAGGAGAAUCUUCUCCUUCACCUGAAGUCAAAUAUACCCUGGAAACAGCCUCGGAAGAUAUUGAUCGUUUCUUGUCAAGUCGCUCCACCCCAAAGGAGGAGGAGGUUGAGGCAGGUUUAGAGAUUCCAGAGUUUAUUGACAAGUAUUUGGAUCUUGUUGAAGAGAAAAUAUUUAAUCAUGAAUCGCCUGACACAAAAGUGAAGGCGUGUCAGCUUGCCGAGGAUGAUGUGUCGUUUCUUAAAUCUGUGGACCAGAUAUCAAAGCUGUACAAAAAUCUAUCUGCAGUCUUCAAAUUGGAUUCCGACCAGGGCCCUUUGAUCAACCGCAUUGGUAGAAUUCAACAGCGAGCUAUGUCUUAUUUGGAGGAUGAAUUCAGGUCUCUCAUGGAAGAGUCAAGAAUCGUGGAACCUGAUCAGAAACAGGAGGUUGCAGAUCAAUGCCAUGUGCCUGAUCAAGAUCAAUCUGUUGAAUCAAAUGAGGAAUCCAACUUUCCAGGGUAUUCUCAGGAAGUUUUGGCCAACUUGAAUAAAAUUGCCAAGGAGAUGAUCUCAGGAGGACAUGAAUCCGAAUGCUGUGAGGUUUACAUGAUCACCAGGAGGAAUGUAAUUGAGGAGACCUUGAACAAGCUAGGUUACGAGAAGAUUAGUAUUGAUGAAGUUCAAAAGAUGCAAUGGGAAGUAUUGGAAAGGGAGAUCCCUCAAUGGAUCAAGGCAGUCAAACAAUGUGCCAAUGUGUACUUCUCUGGCGAGCGCAAGCUCGCUGAAACAAUCUUCUCCGAUUAUCCUUCCUUAUCUGAUAGCCUCUUCAGCAACCUUACACGUGGCGUGUUCAUUCAACUUCUGAAUUUCGCUGAAGCUGUUGCCAUUAGCAAGCGUUCCACGGAGAAACUCUUCAAAUUUCUUGACAUGUACGAGACCUUGCGAGAUAAUCUUUCCGGUAUUGAUAGUAUGUUUCCUGAAGAAUGCGCCAAAGAGCUCAGGGCAGAAACAACAACGGCUCGUUGUAGGAUUGGCGAGACUGCGAUUUGCAUUUUCUGUGAUCUUGAGAAUUCAAUUAAGUCUGAUACAGGGAAAAUCCCAGUUCCUGGUGGGGCAGUUCAUCCAUUGACCCGCUACACAAUGAAUUAUCUCAAAUAUGCAUGUGAUGAGUACACGGAAACGUUAGAACAAGUUUUCAAGGAGCAUUCCAAGAUUGAAAGAGCUGAUUCAACAAGUAGGCCCCAGAAUUACGAAGGCAACUCAGAAAAUUACAACAACGAUGAAGAAAAUCACUCCCCAUUUUCCUGUCAGUUGAUGAGAAUCAUGGAUUUGUUGGAUUCGAUUAUGGAGGCAAAAUCCAAGCUUUAUAAGGACGUUUCCUUGAGAUGCAUUUUCAUGAUGAAUAAUGGACGUUACAUGCUGCAGAAGAUCAAAGGAUCAGCGGAGAUCCAUAAAGUGAUGGGGGAUACGUGGCGCCGCAAGAGAUCAUCUUAUCUUAGGAACUACCAUAAGAAUUACCAAAGAGAGACUUGGACGAAGCUUUUGGGUUGUUUAAGCAAUGAGGGACUGAGUGUGAACGGGAAGGUGGUGAAACCGGUCCUGAAAGAGAAAUUCAAGAGCUUUAAUGCCAUGUUCGACGAAAUUCACAAGACUCAGAGCCUGUGGGUGGUGAAUGACAAGCAGCUGCAAUCAGAACUGAGGGUUUCGAUAUCAUCAGUGGUGAUUCCAGCCUAUAGAUCAUUCUUGGGAAGGUUCUCUGGAUACUUGGAUCCUGGAAGACAAACAGAGAAGUACAUAAAGUUCCAGCCUGAGGAUAUAGAGGCUUACAUUGAUGAACUGUUCGAUGGAAAUCCUUCUUCCUUGGCAAGGAGGAAAACAUAAUUGAGCAAUGGAAAGAAAAGAAAAUCCAGCCCUUUUGUACGAAGAAAACGAACCUUAAGGCGGUGAGGAUUUGGGCAGUUUUUUGUUCAG